AUUGUUCGCUGUGUUAUUUUUCAGUGAUGGCGGCGUAGAGUGAAAACUUGUAAAUUCUAUCGUCCUUGUAAACUGGUCGCUGGAUCGCUGAAAACGUAGCAAUUGUUGAAUCAUUUUCUGUUUUUUAUUUGUUUGCCUUUUGUUUGCCUUUUUGCGAGGUGCUUUCAUGGUUUCCUAGCCAUCCGUGAAUGCACCAUCCAUCAGAACGGCAGUGAUUGAGGCGAGGCAUAAAAGCGAUAUUGUAUUAACCUGUUGGGAGAUUGAAUAUUCAGGUUAAAUAGAUUUUGCCAACAGAUUCAUUGUACUGGCUGUUGUUAGCGCUAUAUAACGCUAUAUAUAACCGCGAGCAGGCGUGUCGGUAACGAUUUUCCUGAAGUCGUUCUCUAGAGACGAUCCGUAUACACCAUAGGCGCUUUCUAUAUGAGUGUAUGGCAAUUGAACGGCACUGCAUAUUAGGUAGCGCUUCGUCGAUCCUUCAAAGUUCCAGUCGGCCAGACACAAAUUCUUUGCGAGCUCAAGUGCAAACCGGAGUGAAAAGAACGAGGCUGACAAAAUUCUACCACGGUGUUAAAUGGUAAUGCAUGCCAGAAAACCGCAACGUUUGCUAAGUGAUGGGUAUCACCAGUCUCAUCAGUAUCAGAAUUCUAAAUAUGGUUCCUCUAAGCGGGACUAUGAACGCGAGACUACUUCUCGUUCUACAAGCUAUGCUCGGGACCGAGACAAUUCGCCUACCGGAGGAUCGUUAAAUGAUUCACCUAGGGAUCGCGAAAGAGAACGAGAUCGUGACCGCGAACGAGAGCGAGAACGGGAUCGCGAUCGAUAUCAAUCAGGAUAUACAAUGAGUAAGCUACGCGAAAAGGAACGCGACCGAGAAUACAAAAAAGAUAAAUAUUCAGAUUGUUCCCGAUCACCGAAAAGAGGUCGCAGUGAACGAGAUGUUGAUCAUCGUACGAUACACGAUAGGAGGUUUAAAAUAACGUCUUCGCUUUUGGACAAACGUGGAACAGCCAGUGAUGAUCGUGAACGCGAAAGGGAACGGGAGCGAAUUGAAAGAGACCGAGAACGAGAGCGCGACCGCGAUCGUUUACGAGACCGGGAACGGGAUAGAGGUGGCGGCAAUGCGACAACCGGCAACGCUGCUGGCAGUAACAGCAUCGGAGUGGUUGGCAGUAUUUCAGCGACUAUUCUUGCGGGAGCGCUUAACAGUGGCAAUGUUGGUGGCAGCAGUAGCAGCAGCAGCAUGCUUAAUGCUUGUGCAAGUAUUACUUCGGGAAAUGCAAGCGGCAGCGUUGGCGGAAAUAACAUUUCCGGAAAUAUUGUUAAUCAAAGUAAUGAUCGCGACCGUGUAAGUCGUGUUGGAGACUGGAGCGAGCAUGUAAGCUCGUCUGGCAAGAAGUACUAUUACAACUGUAAAACAGAAGUGUCGCAGUGGGAAAAGCCGCGUGAAUGGAUUGAGAAAGAGAGCCGUGUGUUAGGCAAAGAUCAACAGCGGGACUAUCGCGAAAAGGAACGGGAGCGUGAAAAAGAACGGGGUGGAGAGCGCGAGCGAGAUGAUCGCUAUUCAUCAACUGUUGUUAAUCGUUCGUCCGCUUCAGCAUAUGGAAAGCAUUCCGGCAGCAGUAGUAGCAGUAGUAGUAAAAAUAACUCUCGAGGACGAUGGCAGCAUCACGAAUCUUCACUAUCCUCUCAUAGACGUCGAACUUUUGAAGACGAAAAUCAGGACAUGGAUAUCAGUCCCGGAGAUUCCACGCCUACGUCCGAAGCUAGCUAUUCGCAUUCGAGUACACCAACUGCUGGUCUUACGCAGAUAGGAUCCCAGCAUUCACAGACAAACCAUGGCAUAGGGGGAGGUAGCACCAGUACCCAUACGACAACGACAGCUGUUUCGAGCAGUUGCGCGCCGCUAUCAUCGUCCGUAGUUGCAUUGAACAACAACGUUAGUAACAAUAGCGGCGUCAUGACGGAGGGAGCAAACCACAAUCUGCCGGUCCAUUUGCCAAGAAUGCUAACCAACGCUGGAGUGAACCAAAUCGGGUUAACAAACAACACCCAUGCAGCGUUAAAUCAGCAACCUCCGCACAAUGCCACCCCUUCGUCGAAUUCAUCGUCAUCUUCAUCGUCUGGCGCGAGUAUAUCGUCCCCAUCUCUGCACCAUACCGUGCAUAGUGCCGGCGGCACCGCUACUUCGGUAUUAACGUGUGCCCAGGCAAGUCCGGCCGACGUUGGGAUGUUGAGUUCUAACGCUCCGGGGCCCCCAUCAUCGAUAACGUCCUCACAACAACACAACGUUUCGCAUUCGCUGGCCCAGCAGCAGCAGCAGCAGCAGGGUGCUUCAAUUGUUCAACAGAUGCCUCAGGUGCAACAACCACAACCGAUACAUUCUCAACAGUUAGUUCAAUCCUCUAUACAGGUGUCGUCUGCUGGCAGUGGGACAUCCAUCAGUGUUACAACGUCGUUGGCAGGGCUGCCUAAAAUACUUUCUCAAAUCACGGGAAACAAAUCCAUUGAACACAACGACCUCAAUCCACAGAAAGCUUUACAAACGAUUAAUAACGCAUUAAUGAUGCAGUCUCGGCAGAAUAAUCACGGCACUAUGCACGAUAUUAGCGGGAACAGCUCCACAUUGAUUAACAUAAGAGAUCACGCAUUACAAUCACCUCUCUACAAUGUAUCUAAUUUAUCACACCCUGUCCAUUCGACGUCACUAUCCAUCGGAUCUGGAAGUAAUUUGAAUCAUAGUACACACCACAAUCACUCAGCUAAUAGUCAUUGUAGUAGUCAAUCGAAUAUGAUGCACAACGUUGGUUUAGUAGGUUGCAGCAGUGGCGGUAACACAAUUCUUACGGGCGAUGGACCGCCAACACCUACACAGGAGCUAGAGUUGCCGUUAGUAGAUCAUAGAAAAUUAGACGGAUUGGGAAGUACAGUAGUAACGACAGCUACGACUAGUUCCGUGAGCAGUUUGCAAAGUGUCAUGGCGUCGUCUCAAUGUGGACGAUCCCAGGGCCCAAAUUUAACGCCUAGUUUAGCAAAAUAUUUCCGAGCCGAUCUUAUAUCUCACGUUACUGGAUGGCCGUCAGAAAUAUUAGAGAAAACGAUUCAAAAACUGUCCGAAGAGGCACACAUUUUAGGGGAUUUACAGUGCAGCAAAGUAUCCGCAGAAUUGAAAUGUGCCAGAAGUUUAGUUAGGAUAACCGAAAUAACUGCAACACUGCAGGAACAAAAAAUAAUGUAUCUACGGCAGCAAAUCCGUAGACUAGAAGAAUCCAAAUCGGAAAACUCAUUCAUGUCAUCAGAUGAUCUAUAGCAUAUAGGUAAAACCUUGGAACGCAUGUCCAGCCGGAUAUAGGAGUGCAAAGAACAUGAGCAGCCGAAUAUGCGGUUAAAAGAUUAUAAUUCAAUUAAGAAAGAUUUUAAUGUAAGAAAUAAUAAGCUGUCAGACACACCAUAACGAUGAAAACAUUCAACUGAUGUGCUUAUAAAUACAUACAUA